GCGUCUUCUUCUUCCUUGCAAAUACAAAAUUUUAAUAUACCAUCAGUCCCAAACCAAAACCAACUUCAAUCAGUUUCGAGAGUCUGAACUCAACAAAACCUAAUACUUCAUAUUCAACAUAUGGAUUCCCCAACCCUUCUCUUCCCCCAACCCGAUCUCUAUUUACAGACUCACGCUGGCAACCGCAUUCCAGUGCACGCUACCAUUCUGGCUUCUGCAUCCCCGGUUCUACAAAACGUGAUAAAGUCCUCCAACCGAAUAGUCAAAAUCCACGGCGUUCCAGACGCUGCCGUCACGGCUUUCGUAGCGUUCCUCUACUAUGCCAGGUGCACGGAGGAGGAUAUGGAUAAGUACGGAAUGCACCUUCUGGUACUGUCGCACGUGUACACGGUGAAGCAUCUGAAACAGCGGUGCAUCAAGGGACUGGGCGACCGCGUCAGUACGGAGAACGUAGUGGACGUGUUGCAGCUGUCGCGGCUCUGCGACGCGCCGGAUCUCUACCUCAAGUGUGCCAGGCACCUCACGAACCGUUUCAAAGCGGUGAAGGAAACCGAGGGAUGGAGAUUCCUGCAGAACCACGACCCCUGCCUAGAGCUUGAGAUUCUCUGUUUCAUGGAAGAACAUGAAAAGAGGAAGAGGAAGGCGAGGAAGAGGAGGGAGGAUGGUAGGUUAUUCACGGAAUUGAGCGAAGCGAUGGUAUGUCUGGAGCACAUAUGCACGGAGGGAUGCACGGAGGUGUGGCCGUUUGAUGUGGAGGUCAGGCGAGAGAGAGAACCGUGUUCAAUGUUCGGCACGUGUCAGGGUAUGCAAAAUUUGAUUCGACACUUCGCCACCUGCGAGAGCGUUAAGGGACGGUGUUUACGGUGUAAGCGUAUGUGGCAACUCUUCAGACUUCAUUCCUCUAUUUGCCUGCAACACGAUACCUGCAAGGUUCCUCUGUGCAGUCAAAUCAGAUUAAAAAUGGAGAAAGAGAAGAGGAAAGGUGACGCAAGGUGGGAACUACUAGUGAGGAAGGUGGCCUCGGUCAAAGCCAUGUCUUCCUUGGCACUGCCAAAGAGGAAGAUGGUUGAGGAAAUUAGACGAAAGGUACCAUAAAAAUACCUGCAAUCCUAAGUUUCACGUGAGGACCCUAUAUACUGCCCUGUUUCUGUAGUCCCGUGUACUAUAAAAUAGUAUAAAAAAGAGUUAGAUUUUAACA